AUGCAGAACAUAGUUGAAGUCAACGAGAUGUCAUUCUUAAAUCUAGUCGAUUUUGAUGGAUCAAUAAAGAGGAAUAAGAAACAAGAAGCUGUAUUAAACACAUUUAAUGAUCGGGAGAGAUUUCUGCGAGAGCUGGAAGCGCAACGAAAGGCGCGAGCCGUCGACCAGAAACAGCAGAAAGCCGCCAUAGUUGUCCAGAGAUCUUGGAAAGCGUACAAGGCACGAACUGAGAUUGCUGAACAGCUCCGCGAGGAAUUCGAUGAAAUUGGCAGACCAACGACAAAAGAGGCUUUAAACCUUCAAAUGACUCGUAUUAAUGUGUUCUAUCAUCAUCCUGACGACGAUAGUCGAUUGGUUACUUUGUGCUCUGCCGCUUUGGGUUUAUUCCGUGCACAUGGAGAACAAAGUGGACUUCUGUCUGCCCAAGGGAAGAUGGUUUUUUACAAAUGCCUUCUGAGAUAUCUAUCACAUGCUGGAAAGGAAACGAAUUUUGUGAUGCCUAUUAGAUUUCUGGAAACGUUCCUUGAACCACGGGACUCAAUUCAUAUAACUAAGCUGGGCUAUUUCAAAUCCAUGCUGGAGUUGGUUGCAAAACUUGCUCCGGAACGUGACAAGGGAGCACCCAUUGUUAUAGAAACUCGUCUCUCACCACGUCUGGAUUCACUUUGCGAACAGUUAUUACUUCCUAUAAUGAGAUCAUCUGGAAGAGAAAGGAUUUCAAUAAUUCGUUCUCUUAUUGGAUCCAUAUGUGCGAGCGAGCAUUCAGCUGUUAUGGCUUCUUUGGUCAUACCAUACUAUUGUCGUUCUCUUGGAGCAGCGAGAAUUUCGCUUCGGGACACUUUGGACGCGUUCGGAACCAAACCGACUGCUGACACUGUACCUGCUGGAAUAACGUCGACAUAUUUUUUGGGACUGCUGUUUGGUAUUUGUGAGCAUUGUGCAGUAUCUGAUGAGGACAAGUUUCUGCUGCUUUCUACAUGCGCGGGAUACAAGCAAGUUAUGCAACAUUUGGAAUCUGAGGACAAAGUGACGGCACUGGCAGAUGAAAAGGCACAAGCGUUUAUGAUCACUUCUAUAAAUGCGUCAUUCGAAUCUCCAGCCUUUUCGGCUCUUUGCAAGAAUGCUGUGCUUUUCCCGACUGACGAAAAUGUUUGGUCACUAGUAGCAUUUGAGAAACAAAUUCGUAACUCUGACACGAUGAUGAUGCUGGGGACCUCGUCGGCAUGCAUGAAUAAGUUGUGGCAAAUAUUGAUGAAUCUGCAAUCGCGCUGCGCUUCCGGACGACUAUCGAAUCACAUAGACUUGUUGAAAAUGGGACAUCCCUUGGAUGACGCUUCUAGAGAUCAGCUUACGCAAGCGUUGUCUUUAUUCUGUGGAUGCCUUGUGGCGUGCAUAACCUCUGUAGAUGACGCUGACUUUGCUGCUGGGCAUCCGAACAUCAUUUUCAGCAACGAAAAACUCAGAGAAAUGAUCACUGUUAUAAGAGAUGUUGGAUUGGGCCUAAUAGACCUUGCUUUCCCUGAGGAUUUCUUCGUAACAGCAAAAGCAGCAGAGGAGAGGAAUCGUGACGCAGCCAAGGUGGAUUCAGGGGAUGGACUCCCUGUUUCUGCUGAGCCAGGACUGACUCAUGACAUCGUUGUAUCCCGCACAUCGGUCCGGCCAAAAACCUGCAAUCAAGUGAUUGGGAGAUGCAAGGGAGGCGGUUUGGAGUCGCCUUCAACAAAAAAGCUCCACAUGUCCACUCCGGGAGAACGGAAGUUCUCCCAGAAACUCAUGGGACUAGAGGCUUGCAACCUGCCCAUGGGUUUUAAAAUUUUUACGCAAAACACAGUAAUAGAAAAGAGUCUCCUGAUUCCGGAGGAAAGCCUGGUACGGUAG